AUGAGUCAGGAGGUGGCGUUGUUAGCAAUGCAGAGCGGCCUCCUCCCAGGGUUGGCAUUCAGAGAGUACAUGGGCAGGAAGAAUCUGAAAACACUGGCAGAGGCCCUGGGUAAGGCCCAUGAAUUCAUUAAGGGGAACGAAACAGACAGAGCCAUGUUGGCUAGAAGGACAACCUCUGCCAAAUUAGGCAAAAGGGUAAAGCCCGGCCGGGCAGAGGCAGCUGGUAAGGCAGAACCUAACUCUACUAGGGGUGACAAGAGUAAAGAGGAAGAGAAAGACAAAGAAAAGAGAGAGCUAGAAGACGUGUUAGUGGUUAGCGGCGGGCCUGUGCAUGGAGGAACAGUACGCAGGGCUAGAGCUGACCUCAAAGACAUGGUCCAUCAAGUAAACUACAAUGAGCAUAGAAAGUGGCCACCUCCUCCUCCUCCUCAGCCAAAGGUGGUGUUUGACGAGAAGGAUCAAUACGGAGUCAUAUACCCACAUGACGACUCUCUGCUAGUCGCAAUACCAAUCGAAAAUUGGAAAGUCAGGAGAGUUCUAGUAGAUGGAGGAAGCUCAGCCAACAUCAUGUUCAUAAAAGCCUUCCACAAAAUGCACCUAGACAGCAAAGACCUCAAAAGGGUGAACUAUGAAGUCACAAGGUUUGAUGGCUCAGGAACGAUACCAGAGGGGAUAAUAGAAUUGUCAGUCCAAGUGGGAGAAGGAGCUUAG